AAAAAAAAUCAAAACUAGCGUCGCAUUAAAGAAAAAUAUAAAACUUGGAGGUUGUGAAAAUGCGAAGAAAGUCCAAUAGGGCAGAGUCAGCAGCACAAAAACAGACGAUCCAAAGAAGGCAAAACAACCAAACUAUUUUCCUCUUUCUCUCUUUCAUAAUCUUUCUCUCUCCAGACUUCCCUAUAUCUACUUACAUGAUCAUCCCUCACUGUAACCAAUGUAUAUUUUAUGAUAAAUACAUUUUAAUAUAAAGCUACAAACAAAAUAUUAUUACUUAUUUUCCUCUGUUUUACCCCUUCCUCCAUCAAUUUGCAGACUCUGUUCCCUUUUUUCUUUUUCAGUUCUUAAUUCAUAAAGUGACGACGAUCCUAGAGGUGGGUUUGGCUUUUCAUCCAUGGAAACCAUUUAGAUAAGGGAGAGGAAUCUGAAAAAAAAAAAAACAGUUCUUUUUAGAGGAAGUUUCGAUUUGAUCAUGGCGGUUGCUGAGAGUGCGGGGGCGAAAAUCGGGUCAUCGGGUCAAAAUUUGGAAAAUACUGUAGUAUCGUCUGACUCCAAUUUGGUAAACGAUCCAAAUAAAUCAAAGACCAAGACUGAUUCCAUGAAUGGUGCUAAGACUACUAAAGAAGACAUGUUUGAACAAGAAAAUCCUGUAGCAAUCACUAAUGAAAAGAAGAGCAAUGGCGAUAGCAACAUACCGAUGCAGAAUGGGUUUAAUGAAAAGAACCAGCAGCAGACGGUGACAAAGAAUGGAGGGUUUAAUGGGUUUAGCAAUGUGGAAAAUGGGAGUAAUGAUGAGAUUUUCAAGAACGAGAUGAGAGAUUUGGUUGAGAUUUUAUCUAAGCUAAACCCCAUGGCUGAGGAAUUUGUACCGCCUUCCCUUGCCAAUCAUCAUCAUCAUCAUCAUCAUGAGAAGCAUGAUCAAAACCAAAAUCGAGAUAAUCGAUUUCCGGAUAAUGGGUUUGGAUAUACUGACAAUUUUGCAGUGCAGGCUAAUUCUGGCAACGCUGAUGGACAUACUAAUAGAAGGAAAAGGAAUAACUAUAGCCAAGGGGAGAGAAGGUUGAACAAUAGAACGAGCAUUGCACAGCGAGAGGAUGCUAUUAGGAAGACCGUUUAUGUAUCUGAUAUUGAUCUGCAGGUUACCGAAGAGCUUCUUGCGGGUCUCUUUCUGAGUUGUGGACCAGUUGUUGAUUGUCGUAUAUGCGGUGAUCCUAAUUCUGUUCUCCGCUUUGCUUUUGUCGAGUUUUAUAAAGAAGAGGAUGCGAGAACUGCUUUGAAUUUGUCUGGAACCAUGCUUGGUUAUUAUCCUGUAAGAGUGCUGCCUUCAAGGACAGCAAUUGCACCAGUUAACCCAACUUUUCUACCGAGGUCUGAGGAUGAGCGAGAAAUGUGCACAAGGACCAUUUACUGUACAAACAUAGACAAGAAGAUUACUCAAGCUGACAUCAAGCUCUUCUUUGAAUCAGUUUGUGGAGAGGUUAAACGCUUGAGGCUAUUGGGAAACUAUCAUCACUCAACUCGUAUUGCGUUUGUUGAGUUCAAAAUGUGUUGUUGGAGGUUAUUUGUGGAUAAACCUCGUCUGAGGAUGCACUCAGGACAUGGCCGAAAGUGCUAUUGCAGCUCUCAACUGCAGUGGUGCAAUUUUGGGAUCACUGCCCAUAAGGGUAAGCCCAUCAAAGACACCUGUUCGGCCCCGUACUCUUCACCCUGCAAUGCAGUGAAACAUCCUUGCUUGUGUUCGUUCAACUGGCAAUAUAUUUACCACAUACAUAGGUACAGCAGUACAAUCGAGGUACUUCUGGCGUUAAUGUUAUUAUCUUGUUCAUGCAACUUAGCAUCUUUAUUACUUGUAGGGGGUUAAUUGCAGUUGUUUUCUUUAGCUUGUAGAGUUUGAUGUUAAAUUUUUUAUGUUGCAUACGACAAUGCAGUCUCUUGUUCCGGUAUAUCUAACUGAUAAGAUUUUUUCUUGGCUAUUGCAUUUUCAGAUUCCCUUUAUGUAAUUAUGUAGUACAUUUUUCGAUUCAGUGUUAAAUAUAAAAUACCAGUAAGUAAUAACA